CACCACCCACUCCCUGCCCGCUUUUGUCUUCCCAUUCUUCCUCUUUUUCUUCCCGCCAUCUUGACAAUCCCAUUUCUUGCCCUUCUCCCCUCUUCUUUCUCUUUUCCCUUUUUCUUGCUCUCUCACCUUCACGUUGCCUCGCCUCGCUCGACCCUCUCUCGACCGGUUACCCUCUCCCUCCUCCUACUCAGACCACCCCCGCUUUCAACCGUCAACAUGUCGAGAUCCUCCCGUGGCCCCCCUCCGUCGGCUUCGUCUGCCUCUGCGAGCGGCCGCUCCAACGAGUACUUCGUUCCGAGAGAUGGAAUUGAUCGCGAGGUCAUAACCGCCGAUAUUUGCCGCUACCUCGGCAACGAUGCCCUCGUCCGCCCGGGUCACUACGAGAACCCUCAGACCGGACAAGUCUCACAGGGUUACUACAUCACCGCCUACCGAAACUUAACAACAGCGAUGAUCGACGACUUGAAGGCCGAUUCUGCGCGAUGGGAGGCAGAGAGGCGGCAGCAGGCCGCCCGGAAUAGUUCAGGAGCAGGGUACCGCCAGUCGGAGACUCACUCCGCACGCCAACACUAUGGUCCCACGGAUUCCACUGGCUACCCGGACGUAGGACGUGAUUCCUAUGAAAGCACCCCUAGAUAUCCAGGAUCUCAAGCCCCAGGAUACUCAGGGAACUCUGCCCAGGGCUACUCUGGAUCUGCCCCUUCCUACCAACAGCAGCCUUCUUCUUACUCAAGUGGUGGGUAUCCCUACUCUGGACAGCCAGACCCAAGAGCCGACCCCAGGUACGCUGGACAGAGUCAAAUGGGACAAGGUUACGGUGAACCCCCGUACAUUGCCACGGCCGCGAACAUGGCGGCGCAAAGAAAUUACCCCGCCGACCCCUACGCAGGACAGCCCUCUCGGACUCCUACUUCGAUGGCGCCUCCCCCAGGAGGGCCGGCUUACUCUUCCGGAUCACAGGUUCCGGCAGGAUAUCCCACAGGUUACUACCCGCCUUCGACGUCAGCCUCGUACGGUUCCACGCCGGUGGCUUCUGAUCCGAUGUACGGACGCGGUGCGUAUACAGCUCUGUACCCCAACCCAACUUCUUCGACCUAAUCUGAUUAUGUAGCGUCCCCAGCAGGUGGUGUUGCUCACCCGUCUCUCUCUGGCCAAGGAGGAUCACAGUAUGAUAAGCCCCCUGCACCCCGUGGUUCUGCUCCUCCAUCGAGUUCCAAAGCUCAGACGACAAGUAGUGGAUCGUCGCACUCCCGCCGCA